GAAAAAAGUAAGCAGAAGAAACUACCACUCGAAAUCCUUGAAUCAAACCCUAAUCGAAGAAUCCAAAUCUUUCAGGUGAAAAACUAUAAAAGAACAGAAAAAGGAAGGAGUAGAUGGAUUUAGCAGACAAGGCCGUGGGGCUGCUGUUAUCGGUAAUCAGCUUGUCAGUUUUCACUUACUAUACAUUCUGGGUGAUCAUACUGCCGUUCGUUGAUACUGAUCAUUUUGUGCACAAGUACUUUUUGCCUCAAGAAUAUGCCAUUCUGAUUCCGGUGUUUGCUCUUGCGGCGCUGCUUUGCUUCCUCUGCAUGUUUGUUGGAUAUGUGAUGCUCAAAUCCAAAAAGAAGAAGGCAUAAUGCAAGAUCUAUAGUGUGUGCUGCAACUACCAUUUUUUUGUCACAUACAGAUAGUUUUAUUGCUGGGUUUCUCUUUUACUUGUAAAUGGAGGAUUUAGAUGAUUGCACUCAGUUCCUGUUAAUUUGAUGAAACCUGAAACUGGUAAUUGUCUUAGAUAAAAAGCUGACAAAUUGCAGAUAAAGAUUAUCUUCAGAUAUUGUUAGCCUGCUCUUGUAAGAGAGCAGUUGGUAUCAUUUUGUUUUGCAAGAUCUAGCAUUUAUCUUUUA